AUGGGAGCUCCUGGGAUGCAGCAGGAGACCUCCAGAAGACCUCCGUCUGGGGGUCCCUUGGGGGCCGCCCCGUCGUUGAGUAGCAGCAGCAGCAGCAGCAGCAGCAGCAGCAGCAGCAGCAGCAGCAGCGACAUGAGGCCCACUCCCCAAAUAAAGCGGCGUGCCCCACAGCAGCUGCAUGCUCCUGCCACCACGGAGGCCCCUACUGUACCCUCUGGGGGGGCCCCCCGGGGCCCUGGGGGGCCCCCCGGGGCCAAACAAAGGCGAUUGGCAGCAGCAGCAAUUAGAGGGCCCCUUGCUUUCUCCGGAGAGGCUCCCAGUAUUGGCAGUCUUACACGGGACAGUGCAGCAGCAGCAGCAGCAGCAGCAGCAGCAGGGAGACCUGCAGCUGCUGUGUCUUUGGAACCAGCAGCAGGUGCUGCUGCUGCGGCGCUCGAGGCCCGCAUCUUUCCAAGAGUUUCAGGGGCUCAUUGCUUCCGAGAAUACGCGCAGCAGGUGCUGCGUGCUGCUGCUGCUGCGCUGCAGCAGCAGCAGCAGCAGGUGCUGCGAGCUGCUGCUGCUGCAGAGCAGCAGCGCCUGGCAAUGAAUAGCUGCGGGGGUCCCGGGGGCCCCCUUUAUGCCUUCCCACAAACAUGUCUUGAUGAGGGUUUCUCAGAGGGCCCCCUUGACGCUGCAGCAAAGCUGUUGAGAAAACUGUGUGCUGCUGCUGCUGCUGAUUGCUGCUGCAUCGGCCGUGCUGCUGCUGCUGCUGCUGCUGCUGCGGAGAUGCACGCAGAAGAGUUCGUGCUGCUUCAGCAGCUGUGUGCGGCGCUGCUGCUGCUGGGGGCCCAGAAGCUCCCCGAGCCCAGUUUGCUGCAGCUGGAAGGCCCCGCUGCUGCAGCAGCUGCAAUUAUUGGAGUGGAGGAGCUGCUGCUGCGUGCAGAGAAGGCACAGGGGGGCGUCAUAGACUAUAGCAGCAGCAGCAGCAGCAGCAGCAGCAGCAGCAACAGCAGCUGGUGCUUGUCGAGCAGCAGCUGCCAGGCCGCGCUGCUGGGAUGUCUCCUACGUGUGCCUGGCGAGGGCGGCGGUUUGCUGCUAUUUGCUGCUGCUGCUGCACUGACGGGUCCCCAGAAAAAGCCUGAUUCAAGAAGCAACAAAGAGCAGCAGCAGCAGCAGCAGCAGCAGCAGCAGCAGCAGCAGGAACGGAGUUUCCCUGCCGCAGUAGCGUGCACCACGUGGGGCACUUUUAGCAGCAGCGCCUUUGUGUCUCUGGAGCUGCAGCGAGAAGGGGCCCCAGAGAAGCAAGGGGCCCCCCUUGGUGCUGCAGCAAGCAGCAGCAAAUCAGCACAGCCCCCAACAGCUAGUACCCUUUCUGGGCGCCUGGCCCUCUCGGGGGCCCCGGGGGGCCCCUGUCUCGUGGCUGUGCGGCAGUGGCAGCUGCUAGCUGCGCAAAGUCGCAGGCGCAGCCGCCCAGCGAGCUGCAGCAUGCAGCAGCAGCAGCAGCAGCAGCAGCAGCAGCGGCUCUUGCUGCAGCAGGCUGAGGCCACAACUGCUGCCCACACAGCCAAAUACCUGGGCGCAGCUAAUAAAGGCCCCUCUCCCACAGAAACCAACUUGCUGCAUUCUCUUGAGGGCCCACUGGGGCACCGAGACCCCAGGGGGCCCCCCCAGGGGCCCAGGGGGCCCCAGGACCCCCGGGGGCCCCCGGGGCCCCUGGGGCCCCUGGGGCCCCCGGGGCCCCUGGGGCCCCUGGGGCCCGAGGGGCCCCUGGGGCCCCAGAAGCCUGGAGCUGCGGUAGGUACUAGUAGAAUUAAAGAAGAAGCUGGAGAAGGAGACAGAAUAAUGCUGCGAGUUGUUCCGGGGUGUCUUUGUUUUGCUGCUCCCUCAGCUGUGUUGGUGCCGCUGCAGCAGCAAAGACACGGACUGUCAAAGCAGCAGCAAGCUGCUGAUGGAGCAGCGGCGCGGGGAGGUGCAGAAGCAGCAGCAGUAGCAGCAGCACCAACAGCAGCAGCAGCGGCAUCUGCAGCAGCGACCACUGCAGCAGCAGGGCUUGUUGCAGAUACAGCAGCAAGGCAAAGCCAAGCAGCAGGAGGGGCAGCAGCAGCACAACGAGGCGCUGCAGUCGCAAGCCGGGCAGCAGAAGCAGUAACAGGAAAAGGAGCAGCAGCAUCAGCAGCAGCAGCAGCAGCAGCUUCUGCUUCAACUGCUGCUGCAGCGCCGCUGCAAGGCGGGCCCCGCAGCGGUGACUCGCUUGCAGACGCAGCUUCUAAGAGCGGGGGCCCCCCUCCUGCAGCACAGGGGCCCCCCACUGAGUCGUUGUGGGCCCCAGUUUCGUGCCCUUUGAGGGUAGCUGGGGAGGCCCCGGCAGCAGCAGCAGCAGCAGCAGCAGCAGCAGAAUCAGCUGCGCAUGCAGGCAUUUCCAGCGCCCGGCUACAGCACGUAGGCCCUCCAAAGCCCAGAAACAUUCCUUCAGCCUCAAGGGCCCCCUGCGGGUCUCCAGCACCCUACGGAGCUGCCUCAGCCUGCCCUGCUGUUUGCCUGUGGGGCCCCCAGGGGGCCCCAGGGGCUCCAGGGGCCCCAGGGGCUCAAGGGACCCCACAGGCUUCAGGGGCCCCAGGGGCCCCAGGGGUCCCAGGGGCCCCAGGGGCCCCAGGGGGCCCGGGGGCCCCAAGGCCCCCGGGGCCCCCAGGGUCGUCGGGGGCCCCAGGGGUCCCAGGGGCCCCCGGGGCCCCUGGCGUGUUGUGCUGGCCCGGAGAGUUUGUGGGGCCCCCUCGGGGGUCUUUGGUGGUAUACGGGCUUGUGGUGUCUGUCUCCCCGCUGCUGAGUCCCCCUAGGGACACAGCUGCUGCCAUUUGUGUGGCGCGGCUGUCUUGCCUUUUUGUAGGAAAGCUGCUGCAGCAGCAGCCCAAGCAGCAGCAAGUGCUGCCCCACGGGGCCGCAGCAGCGCAGCCACUGAGGGGCCCCCACAGCCCCACUUGGGGGCUGCAGCUGCAGGCGAGAAGCAGCAGCAGUUGCACUGGGGGCUGCUGCCGCUGCUCGCGCUGCAGCAGAAGCAGCAGCACAGGCGGCCCUGGUGGCAGCAGCAGCACGCGCCAAUCCAGCAGCAGCAGCACAAAAGGUAGAAGUCCAGGCAGCGACAACUGCAGCAGCAAAUGCUGCUGCAGCGAAGCAGAUGAGGAAUUGUUCUUUUUUUCCUCAGCAGCUGCAACUGCCCGACUGUGCCUAAUGCCGGGCAAAGUGGCUUGCGUUGCGGGGGUGCAGCUGCAGCGCCUGCGCAGCAAGAAGCAGCAGCAGCAGCAGCAGCUGCUGCGGCUUGUUGCUGGCCCCGCAGCUUUCAUAGCUCAGUGGCAUCUGGGGGAGCUCAAGGCAGCACUAGAGGCCUCGCAGCAGCAGCAGGGGCCCCUGACUCUCUUUGCUGAAGGGGCGGUGCAGCAGGAGGAGGAAGUGCAGCAGCAGCAGGAGCAGCAGGAGCCGGUGCAGCAGCAGACGCGCAAGGAGUCUUUGCUGCUGGGCGCAGCAACACUGGGGGAAGAGCAGCAAAGUCCCUUGCUGCUGCUGCUGCAGCAGCUAGUUGGCGCCCUGGGGCCGUCGGCACUCUGCGACGGCCGUCUGCCGUGGCUGCUGCCGCUGCUUCCCAUUCGCGGUGAGGCAGCUGCGCCUGCUGCUGCAGCUGUGCUGCUGGCAGCCAGCAGCAGCAGCAGCAGCAGCAGCAGCAGGGCGCUGCAGACGCUUCGCAGCUGCCUAGGGGGCCCCGAUGCCUCCGGGACUUCUUUGCUGCUCUUUCUGGGGCGCCAGCUGCAGACAGGGGCCCCCUUUGAAAGCUUAAUGGCACAGCCUGUUUGCUUCCAGGGGCCCGUCACGAGCUGCCGCGGCAGCAGCAGCUUCGGGCUGCUGGGGGGUUUGCUGCAGUGGCAAGCCUUUCCCUGGUGCCUCAGCAGCAGCGCCGAGAGCAGGGGCGUUGUGGGCGGCUGCGGCGCCUUGCUGCUGCUGCUGCAGCAGCACUUGGGCUGGCGGGACUUGGGCGCCAGCGGCCGAGACAUUCUGCGCAGAGCAGCACGAUGGGCAGCAGCAGCAGCAGCAGCAGCAGAAAGUGCAAAGCCUUGUGCGGGCUGUGGGGCCCCUGCAGCAGCUGGUGGGGCCCCUCGGGGAGACAGAGACGCCUUGCAUGCAGCCUGGGGGCCCCCGGAGGCCCUCCCCGUGGCCCUCAUAUCCAGCAGCAGCAGCAGCGUGCUGCUGCUGGGGACCCCUGCCCUAAGGGGCCCUGGGGCGGGGCCUCUGGGGGGACACAGCUAUUCUCAGGAAGACAGCAGUUUCGCGCUGCAGCUGCUGGCAGCAACGAGGCCACACGCUUCGUUCCAGCGAUGCAGCAGCAGCAGCAGGCGCAGCAGCAGCAGCAGCAGCAGAAAGCACGAGAGAAUCUGCUGCUGCUGCUCCUGCCGUGACAGCCGCAGGGGCAGCUUCUGCCCGCGAGGGAGCUCUUCUUCCUUUAUUCAUAAAACGAGGCUUGAAGAGGACACACAGCCACAUCCAGCAGCAACAGCAGCAGCAGCAGCAGCACUUGCAGCAGUCCAUGGAGCCGCAGCGGCCAUACGAACUGCACCUGCUGCUGCAGCUGCCCAUGGAGCGCCAACAGCAGACGCAGCAGCAGCAGCAGCAGCAGCAGCAGCAGGAGACGCCGAUGCGGCCCGCGGGAGCACCUGUGGGGCCGAGAGCCCCGCAGCCGGAGGCCCAGAAUCCGAGAACCCUAGCAACAGCAGCAGCAGCAGAAGCAGCAGCAGCAGCAGCAGCAGCAGCCCUCCACUCCUCAGCCUCUUGUGCUGCAGGCACGCGUCGGCAGCUGCGGAGAUUCUUCGCAAGUUUCCAGCUUUGUGGAUUCGCGCAUUUUUUGGCUGUCUCCACGCUGCAGCGGAAGGCCCUGGACAAGAGGGUGCAGCAGCAGCAGCUCCGGCUGCUGCAGCCGCUGCUGCUGCUGCUGCUGCUGCUGCUGCGGUCCGCUGGCCAGCAGAGGCAGCACACGGCGCCCCAUGGUGCGGCUCUCCCCACACUUUGUUGCAGCCAUUUGUGGGCCCCUGUGGUCUCACAGGCCGCUGCCCCAGAGCCUCGGAGGCGUGGGGCCCCUGGCAGCCUCUGCAGCCCCAGGAGGUAGACUGCAGCAGCAGCAACAGCAGCAGCAGCAGCAGCGGCAGCUGUGGGGGGCGCAGCGGAACGUCUCCAGGGUCUGCUGCUGCUCUGCCUGCAGGAGCAGCAGGAGCCUUGUGUGGGGCCCCUGCAGCAGAUGCUUCUUUGGGGCCCAGGGCCUUCAGCUCAGUCUCUUUUUGGCUGCUUCGAGACGCUCAGCUGCUCCUGCUGCGGCUGGUGCAGCAAACUGCUGCUGUUGCUGCAGCGAAGGCGUUCUGCUGUCUCUCGGCGGCAGCAGGGUGGCCCGUCCCGUGCUCCUGCGGGGUGCGUAGCAGCCGCUGCUGCAGCAGCUGCAGCAAGGGCGCCUGCUGCUGCAGCAGCAGAGCAGCGGAGGCCCCGCUGCAGGGCCGAGUGGGCAGCACAUUGGCUGCUGCUGUUGCUGCAGUGGCUUUGAAUUCGCUGGAGGUUUCUGCUGCGCAUAUGGCGCAGCUGCCGUCCCUAGGAACUCCGCAGGCAGAGUCAAGAGCAGUCUUUUUCAAGACCUGCUCCAGCAGAACUGGAGCCAGCAGCAGUUGCUGCUGCUGCUGCUGCUGCUGCUGCCAGUCACUAGGUGCAGCGAGAGCAGAGGCUGCUAGCUGGGAGGCAGCAGAGGCCUCGAGGAGAUACACGAGGAAACUCUGCGCUGAUGUGCUGCGGUGGCUGGCGCUGCUGCAGUGGCACGAAGCCCGCGUGCCUGUGGCGGAAUGCAGCAGCAGCAGCAGCAGCAGGGAAGCAGCAAGUGGUGCUGUCGGCGCUGCAGCAGGCUUUAGGGAAAGCCUCGUUCCCUCCUACGACUCAUUUGGAGUCGCUGCGCCAGCUGCUCCUGACACAAGGGCCUCAGGGGCCCCUAGUGCUGAAGCUGCUGGGGGUGGCGGUGCUGCUGCUGCUGCUGCUGCUGCUGCUGCUGCUGCCGGUCCCUGCGGCUUCCCCGAGGACUUGCCGCUGCACCGUUUGGUCCCAUUUGCUCCUCUGCCGGAGACACAGACUCAGGAGGCCGCCGUUUUGCUUCUCUCGACCGAGGGCACACUCCAGCGUCAGCAGCGGCUGCAGCAGGCGCAGCAGCAGCAGCAGCAGCAGCAGCAGCGGCAACAGCAGCAGCAGCAGCAAUGUGACCAACACAAGCCCGGCUCCGCCUUACGUCGCGCACCUUCAGCAACAGCUCUGCGGGAACAGCGACAGCGAGAACCGUGCAUGAGGCAGCAACAGCGGCAGCAGAAGCAGCAAGAGGUGCAGCAGCAGCAGCAGGUGAAGCUGCAGCUGCAGCACCGCAUGCAGACAUUUCCUGCAGUCAGCUGCACUGCUCUUAAUGCAGUGGACUCUGCUGCUCUCUUGGCAGCAGAUGACGUCUGCGGCAUCGCGGGGUUUUUGCAUAGCGGGCCUCCGCCGCCGGUCUUUGCUGCUGCGCCCACGACGGCUUUCAGCAGCAGCAGCAGCAGCAGCAGCAGCAGCAACUGGACCUUAAGUCCGGGCCAACGUAGUCUCUGCGGCAACUUGCUACUGCUGUCUGACCAGUCGUUAACAGUGCCUCUGCUUCUGCUGCCCUCCUGUCCUCACAAGUGCCCCCUAAGUGCUUCUUCCCGUUUGCUGCAGGACCUGCUGCCAGCAACAGCAGCAGCAGCAACCCCUUGGCGGCGCUCUUUGUGUGUCUCUCUGGAUCGUUGCUGCUUAGUUGCUGCUGUCUUUGUUGAGGCCCACCCCACAGCCGCGCGGCUUGCCGCUGCGCUGAAGAAAGCAGCAGCAAAGCGCCGGCCGCUGCAGCAGCAGAUGGCUGCCUCUUCUGGGAACGGAGCCGCAGCAGAGGGCCAACAGAGACAAAGGCAAAAGCAGCAGCAGCAGCAGCAGCAGCAGCAGCAGCGGCGGCCACAGAGUGAGAGGGCGGAAAUGUCAUCUCUUUCUGCUGCAGCAGCUGCUGCCUGCGGCUCUGUAUUUAUGCAAAGCUCUCCACUCGGCGGUUUCAUAUCUCUUCUCAUUUGUCCUGCUGCAGCUGUGCGCGUGACGCACUGGUGCCAUUCUGCUGCUGCUGCUGCUGCUGCUGCUGCUGCUGCGCCACAUCUGUCUGGACCUCCCCCAGCGGGGGGCCCCAAAGAGCUGCCUGGUGUUGGCAGCUCUGUUGGUUGUUUUUAUUUCUUUUUGAGGAACAAAUGCUGCGUCGCGCUGCCUCUGGAAACGGCAGCAGCAGCUGCUGCUGCUGGGGACUCGCAAGGAGACUUCCAGCAGCAGAUUUGCCUCAUCCAGGGAAGCGCUUUUUGUCCCUUAAAGGACCCUUUGCCCAAUGGGAGUGCUGCUGGGGAGGGGCCCCAGCAGCAAGACAGCCUCAUAGUAAAGGACGGGCCCCCCGCUGCUUCGGCCCCGCAUGCUGCAGCACAGAGGAACGCAUGCAGCGGCAAGAAGCUGCUGCUGCAGCAGCCCGCAGCUGCGCCUGCUGCUGCAGCAAAGCCUCAACGGAGACAGUCCCUUCGCCUCGGCCGCGAGGUGACGUUUCGCGUGCCGCCGGAGCAGUUUGCUGCCCUGCAGCGGCUAGCCUUCUACGUGGUACUGCAGCAGGUGCCGCAGCAGGCAGCAGCAGAAGCAGCAGCAGACGCAGCAGCAGCAGCAGACGCAGCCAAGAGGCGCACUCCGGGUGUUUUCUGGGAUCCCCAGCUCCCGGAAUCUUUCUUUUACAGAGAGGUUUUGGCAGAGCCUCUUUUGGAGGAUCUCCAGCUUCGCAGCUGGGCGAGAAGCGGCCAGUGGGCAGCUCCCGCUGUGUGCACUGAGCAGCGGCAGCAGCAGCAGCAGCAGCAGCAGCAGCAGCGGCAAGCUGGCAGCAAACGACGCAGGGAGGCCCCAAACUCGCUGCCUCCGAUGUCUGCGUGGACCUUCAUACGCUGGACUGCCGCUGAGAAAGAGGAGCAGCAGGAAGCAGCAAGGGGGGCCCCCUUCUCACCUGGGGGCCCCAGGAGCAGCGCCGCUGUUGAGAGGCCCCCUAGUGAGGAGGAAGCAGCCAAGUGGCUCGCAAGGCAGCUCGAUGAAGAGGUUUGCUUCUGCGGGCGUGGACUUGGGCGGGAGCCAGCAGCUGCAGCGGCAGCCGCUGCUGCUGCUGCUGCUGAUGCUGCAGCUGCUGCUGCAGGCGGCCCCAGCCGCUGCCCUGAGUGCCUGCUGCUGCUGGCUCGGUGGACUCUCCAGUGCCGCUCAGCAGUGCAUGCGGAGACCCAGCGGGCCCACAGCUCGGUCUCGGGCCUCAUGGCAGCAGCAGAGAAGUGGCUGGGGAGUCUCCCGCCCGCGCUGCUGCUGGGGGCCCCUGGGGCCCCUGCUGCGCCGAAGAGGCCCCGGGUUUCCCUCAAAGGGUUCACAGUAGCAGACAUUAUCCUCCAGCCGCUGCGCCAGGGGGCCCCUGCCGGCGAAAAGCCCCAAGAGGGUUUAGGAGGGGGCCCCCCCCGGCGCGUGGACUGGCUGGUUGUCAGGCUGGCGGGGGCCUCCUGGUUUGGGGCCCCCGGGCCCCGGCCGCGGGGAAGUGUAAGAAACCACAGCCCCAGCUGUGGGGCCAGGGGGCCCCCCGGGGAAGACGCGGGCUUUGUGGACCUCUGGGUGCCCCCAGCUGUUGUGCCUGGGAGAUUCGAUUUGCUGCAAGUUGGCAUGCAGGUAAACUUGGGGCCCUGCCUGCUGGUGCUGCGGGCGGCCCCUCCGUGGCCGCAGCCCUUCCGGCGGCUCCGCGCAGCAGCUGCGGCAGCAGCGCCAGCAGCAGGGAAGGCAGCAGCAGCAGCUGCUGCUGCUGCUGCGGCUUCGCCAGCAGCAGCUGGGGGCUCUGCAAUCCCCAUCAGCAAACAGAGCUUGGGACUGCUGCCAGGGGAGACGCUGGGGAGCUGGCUGCCUCCGCUGUUGAGGGCCUGGGCAGCAGCGCUGGGCGAAGCAGGUGGGGAAGGCCUGGGGAGGCCUUUUGCUGCUCGCUGCUCCAAGUGCAUGCGCUGCAGCUCUGCAGCAAGCCCCACAACCCCGCUGGGAGAGCAGCAGCUGCUGCUCUCCCUCGCCCUGGGGAGUGCCUUUCCCUGUGGCCAGGCCCGAACCUCACAGCCCUCUGGGGGCCCUGCGUGGCUGGCGAAACCCCCGAAGUGCUGCGGCCUGCAGCAGCAGCAGCAGCAGCAGCAGCAGCGCCAGGGCGCCGUGGGAAUGCAGCAGCAAAAGGGCUGCGUGGCACUGCAGCAGCAGGAGCCACGGGGGGAGCCCCUGGGUAUGGCUGGAGCCACGGCGCUGUGGGAAGUGCUUUUGGAGGCCACCCCAGCAACAGAAGUGAGCUGUGUUGGUUUUGCUGCUGCUGCAGUUUCCCUGAGAGCUAUUCCCUCUCGACAAACAGUGGAGGGCCCGCCUUUUGUUCGGAAUACUUCUUGGCUGGGAAGCAGCAAAAGCCCGCCACGGGUCCAGCCAGCUGGAGCUGGGCCUUUGCUGCCAGCUUCUGGCCCUGCAGCAGCAGCUGCUCCCCCCACCCACCCGCUGCUGCAGCAGUUGCGGCACCGCUACGCUCUUGCCCCCGGGGGGCUUCCGCUGAGUGCAGCAGAGGCGGCAGAGGCUGAGGCAUUAGGCCAGGAGCCUGCGGCCUCCGCGGGUUCCCCAGCGCAACCUCUUUGGCUGGGGGCUGGCCCCCACUUCGGCAGCAGCAGCAGCAGCUGCUGCUGCUGCUGCAGCUGCCUUGGGGGGAAAAGAGCCGCGGGAGAGUCUCCCGGAGUGCCAGUGAGCCUCAGACUGCCUCCUUUAUUUCGUGGGACGGAAAACAACUCUCGUCCGGCAGCGAGAGCUGGGGGCCCCCUUGCAGGGGCAUCCCGCCCCAAGGCCGGGGGCCCCCUUCCAGGGGCCCCCCGGCCUUGCACUAGCCACGCUGCUGAUGUCUGGCCUGGCCCCACAAAAGGCUGUAGUCACAGCCAGCAAAGCAAGGGGGGGCAGCGCAGCCCACGCAGUGGUGGCUGCUGCGUGGCUAAGGCUAAGGGGCAAGAGUUGGGGGCUGGCGUUGGUGCUGCUGCUGCUGUCCCCUUUGCAGUGUCCCCACAGAGGAUAAUAAACACUUCGGCCUGUGGCCUCUACUGCGGGUCGGUGGAGGGCCUUUUGGCACUGCACCUGUCUUUCGUGUGCCGCCGUUGCCUCAGCGAGCCCAGCAGCAGCAGCAGCAGCAGCAGCAGCAGCAGCAGCAGGCGCUGCGCCUGUGGGGCGGCUGCGCAAGGCGAAUACGACAUGAGCAGCAGACUUGGGGGCAUUCAAAUGGGGGCCCUUGUUGCUUUUGAAGAGGCUGCCACAGGGAGACUGCUGCUGGUCCUUUUUCAAAAUGCAGCAGCCCUCCGCCUGCUGCAGCACCUUGGCUGCCUCAGCCACUCCACGGACGCAGAGGCGCUUGACGCAUGCGUUGCAGCCAUCGUGCAUGCGCAGACAGAUCAGCAGCAGCAGCAGCAGCAAGACCUGCUAGCGAGCAGCAGCAACGGGGCCCUCGUCUACGGCGCCCUGUGCUGCGACGCAUGCAACACUGCCGCCAAAUGGGUGCUAAAUUCAGGCGAGGGGUUCUUAAAGGGGGGCUCCAACAUUCGAGUCCGAAAGCGAAUCCGAGUGGAGGGUCUUAUACGCCCUGUUGGCCCUUUUCAAGCUUGCUGGCCUCGUGCUGAGUUUGCUGCUGCUGCUGCAGCUGCGGGGGAUGCUGGUGCAGCGGACCGCACGCGCUACUUUGGGCAGCAGCAGACACUGUGCCUCCCGGUCAUUUUUGCAGUAGACUGGGUAGCUCUCACAGCAGCAGAUACGCUGCUCAACAUUCACAAUGAGUAUAUGGACUUGAUGCAGCAGCAACACUAG